AUGCAGUCCGAGGAGCAGCAGGAGGCCGUCCCUAUCCAGCAGGAGGCCGUCCCUAUCCAACAAGAGGCCGUCCCUAUCCAGCAAGAGGCCGUCCCUAUCCAGCAAGAGGCCGUUCCUAUCCAACAAGAGGCCGUCCCUACCCAGCAGGAGGCCGUCUCCAUCCAGCAGGAGGCCGUCUCCAUCCAGCCGGAGGCCGUCCCUAUCCAGCAAGAGGCCGUCCCUACCCAGCAGGAGGCCGUCUCCAUCCAGCCGGAGGCCGUCCCUAUCCAGCCGGAGGCCGCCCCCAUCCAGCCGCAGGCCGCCCCCAUCCAGCUGGAGGUGAGGUACGUAAAAGUCGUCAAUGAGAAGGACGGGCCGAGCUUUGCGGCGGCCUUGCCGCUCUCGCAAUUUCCGCCAGACUGGCAGAGUUACGCGUUGUGCUUCGUGCGCAGCUUCGACGCGGCGUUGAAACUCGAGACGAGCCGCCUGUACGUGCAGCCCGAGCCGCUACAGAACCUCUGCCGAGACGUCAUGCGCAACUACCCGGUCCCCCUGGACAACGACCACGUCUGGUUCACCGAGCCCUACUUCCCGCUGUUCCAUAAGCGCCGCGAGCUCGAGCUCGCAGGCGGCCUCAACUUCAUCAACGACAACGACUCAACUUCCCACCUCAACCUCCUCACGACAUGGAUCGACACGUAUUUCGCGCGCGAGAUCCGCGACUACACCCGCCGCAUAGACGGCCGCGCCCAAUCCAUUACCUUCGAUCAGCUGUGGACGCACUUCGCCCCCGGCGAAGUCGUGUGCGUCGACAUUGACGGCCGGCGCUGCGGCUUCCGUGUCCAUGUCGCCCUGUACAUGAUGAGCGGCGAGAAAAAAAACCUGCAUAUCGAUGCCCAGUUCAUCGAUUUCGACGGCGAGAACCGCGGCAUCCGCCACGCGCCCUUCACCGUUUCCUACUAUCCGGGAACGUUACCCUUCGACAAGCUAAGCGUCGUGCCACUUCAAUUAUACCCCAAUUACGGGCCCAAUAUCGUCCGCGACAAGCUCAUCGAACGCGGCCGCAAGUUUGGCCGGUUCAUCGGGCGGCGCUGCGCCGAGUACGACGGGCCGGCCUUCCCGCUAGGGGCCGGCCGCAGCCGCCGUCCGCCAGUCCAUGUGCAGGGCCGCAUCAUUCUUGACCCCGCAGCGUGCCAUCGCUUCGAGCCGGGCACCGCGUUCCGCGUCACCGAGCCGUCGACCUCCAGCAUUGCUGCCAACGGUGAGCUGAACGACGACGACGCGCUGGUCGCGGCGUCGAUGGUACGCGGAUAUUCGCUCGAGGAGAAGGCGUUCUUCGACUUCUAUGUCGAAAACGUCCAGCCCAUCAAGUGGAACGUGCGCGGGAUCGAGAAGCUCGUGCUAAAGACCAAGGUAAGGAAGGUCGUCAGGCUCCUCGUCGCCGCGUACGCGAGACGUCGCCACAACCACGACGAUGACAGCGACAACGAUGACGACGACGACGACGACGACGACGACGGCAACGACGACGACAUUGUCGUCGAGUACAAGGACCCGAGUACAGUCUGCCUACUGUACGGCCCUCAAGGCGUGGGCAAAACGAAACUCGCCUCCGCCAUCGCGGAGGCCGCCCGGCGGCCGCUCCUCACCUUCUCGCCAGCGGACUUUGCGACGCCCAGCUCCCCGCGCUCGUUGGCGGGCCUGUCGUACGGCGCCGUGCUACUGCUCGACGACGUCGACCUGCUGCCGUGGCUAAGCUCGGGGCCGUCGCUCGGCCGGCUCUUCGCCCUGCUCGACGGCGGCGGCGCUCAGCGCCGGCCGCCGCCCCUCGCGCUCCUGACGACGAGCCGCCCCGACCGCCUGCCCGCGCCGCUGCGGUCGCGCGUGCACCUGCCGGUCCGGGUCCUGCCGCCCGGCGCGGUAGGCCGGCGGCGCGUCUGGGCCGCGGCCCUGGACGCGUGCGGCGGCAACGCCACGUCCGCCGUCAAGGCCGCGCCCCCCGACGACGACGACGCCGCCGCCGCCGCCGACAGCCACCGCGCGCUCGCAAACCUGGCGACGGCGGCCGGGCGCCUCGCCCAAGGCAGGCGCCGCCACCGCAGAGGCAAGGUCGACUCCAGGCUGGUCCGCACCGUCGCCGCGCGGCGCGCCGUGUUCAGCCGCGAGGUCGCGGCCGCGGGCCCCUCGUCUGGUCCCGACGCGCCCCCCGGAGAGCGGCAGCAGCAGCAGCAGCAGCAGCAGCAGCAGCAGCAGGGAGAAGGAGGCGGAGGCGAGGAGGAAGCGCCGGAGCACGCCGCCGCGGGCGGAAUCUAG